UGGGGAUACACAGCCCGGUAUGACAGCAGUGUACCAAGCACAGUAAGAGAGCAGCCUGCUCCAGAUAAGCACAAACGACUGUUCAGAAUAGUUGGCAGCAUCAGGCUGCAUUUCCAGUGGAAGAGCGCAGGGCUGCACAAGGUUUUACAGCAAGAUGAUAAAGGUAGCUUGGCUGUGUGUGUUUGCAGCAGCCUGCAAUGAUGUCCUGGCAGCAACCGCAGCAGCAACGGGCAGGUCGGACAGAGGCAAUUUUCUGGAUGAUAAACAAUGGCUAACCACUAUAUCCCAAUAUGACAAGGAAGCCGGACACUGGAAUCGAUUUCGGGAUGAUGAUUAUUUCCGAUCUUGGAAUCCUGUCAAACCCUUUGAUCAAGCUCUGGAUCCAGCUAAAGAUCCUUGUUUAAAAAUGAAAUGCAGUCGUCAUAAAGUUUGCAUUGCCCAAGAUCAGGAGACUGCUGUCUGUAUCAGCCAAAGAAGACUCACAAAUAGCAUGAAAGAAGCUGGAUUACCCUAUAAAUAUUGGAGAGGGGUGCCACUUUCAUCACGUUGCAAACAGUGUCCUGUAGUAUAUACAAAUCCAGUGUGUGGAUCAGAUGGUCAUACAUAUUCUUCACAGUGUAAACUAGAAUAUCAAGCAUGCAUUUCUGGUAAGCAGAUCUCAGUGAAGUGUGAAGGACACUGCCCCUGUAUGUCAAACAAAUUAAGAACUGCAAGCAAAAAUAAUAAAAGAGUAUGCACCGAUCAGGAGUUUAGAGAAAUUGCCAAUCGCCUGAGAGACUGGUUUAAAGCUCUUCAUGAAAGUGGUCUCCAAAAUAAGAAAAACAAAGCUGUGCCAAGACUGGAGAGAAGCAGAUUUGAUACCAGCAUUCUGCCAAUUUGCAGAGAUUCCCUUGGCUGGAUGUUUAAUAGACUUGAUACAAACUAUGACCUGCUGUUGGAUCAGUCUGAACUUGGAAGCAUUUAUAUUGACAAGAACGAGCAGUGUACAAAGGCCUUCUUCAAUACAUGUGACACUUACAAGGACAACUUGAUAUCUAACAAUGAGUGGUGCUAUUGUUUUCAAAGACAACAAGAGCCUCCUUGCCAGACAGAGCUAAGCAACGUUCAAAAACAGCAAGCAGGAAAAAAGCUUCUUGGUUACUAUAUACCAGUUUGUGAUGAGGACGGUUAUUACAAACCCUCACAGUGUCAUGGAAGUGUUGGCCAGUGUUGGUGUGUGGAUAGAUAUGGAAAUGAAGUCUCGGGAUCACGAAGAAUCGGUGCUGCAGAUUGUGGUACAGAUACAGAAACCUCUGGAGAUUUUGGCAGUGGAGAUUUUCAUGAUUGGUCUGAUGAUGAGGAUGAUGAAGAUGAAAUGAUGAAUGAUGAAGAUGAAAUUGAAGAUGAUGAUGAAGAAGAUGAAGGAGAUGAUGAUGACGAAGAUGAGGAUGGAUUUAUUUGACGUAACACAAAGAAACUGAAUUCUGUUUUUCAUGUCUACAAAUUGACAUCACUUAGGAAAUACCAUCAAGAUCAAAAGGAUUUUAAAUGACGUGUAUAUUUUGUACGAUUAUAUAAAGUAUUAAGGCUGGAGUCAUAGACUUUGUUUGAGUCGUUUAUGUGCUUUUGAGCUUUUAUAUGCAUUUACAAAGAAGAAAACACAUUGGAAGUGUAACCUGAAGAAAAUCAUACAUGCAUACACAUUGAAAGUUUAAUACAAUAAAAGCAGCCACAUUUUGCAAAGAAGAAAGAGAUGUUUUUUUCACUCAUUGAAGACUUCUGUGAGUUUGCCAUGUAACAAAAGCAUGUUGAAGACUUUCAACUCAAGCUUCAACUCAAGCCCAGGAAUAUCAGUAUUAGAUAAAUGGAUUCAUAGGUCAUGCAGAAACAUAAUUGGCCAUAACAGUAAUGAGAAAUAAAAAUUCCUGGUAAUUUAAAAAAACAAACAAAAUAAAAAAACAGGGAAAAAUAACUCAUUCAGUGUUUACAAUUGUUUUAAUUGUACUAAAAAAUAUGUAAAUGCUCUUAGAAUAUUUCCUCAGAUUAUGCAGAAAUGUGUUUAUUUUUGUGGGUUUAUAGAUUUUUUUGUCUUUUUCUUCUUUGUUUAUUUUUAAUAUUUAGUUAAGCAGAAAUUAAUAUGAUUUUUGUUAAUCAAGCAGCAUGAUGAUAUGUAUGUUAACAAUAACACAAAUAAAUAUAAACGUAUUUGUUUAACUAAAUCUUCAGCAUCAAGUACUUUGCUAAAAAAACAGAUUUUUAAAACAGAUUGGUUAACCUAUGAAAUAAAUAGUACAGACCAUGCACCAAUCAUUGAAAUGCCAUAGACAAGACAAAGACUUUAUUGCUUGAGUGCUGUUCUCUUCCAUGGUAAUUAUAGGACUCAACAAAUCCAUAUUGUUGUCUGUAGGUUAAUUAAUUAGUUUCUCCACACCUUGUAGAGGCAAAAACAAAACAAAAAUCAAUAGACUAUGAACAAAUAUAUAUUUUUUUAACCAUCCUGGAAAUGUUCAACCUGUUUUUUUUCUUUUUAUAAUUUAACCCUUUCGUGACAGGGUUAAAGUGCCUACAUCGGAACAACUGUUCCGAUGUAGACAAAUUGAAACUACGCGAUCGUGCAUACGAUCGCGAGAUUUCAAUUAUUGGAUCGCAUCUGGGGGGCGUCCCUACAAUCCUAGGAACGCCCUCCAGACCGCGAUUAAAUCCCUGAAGCACAGAAGGCUUCAGGACAGCCGUUAGUUAUGACGUUCCAUUCCGUCAUAACGGCUUUAAAGCCCAGUCUAAUUAUGACGGAAUGGAACGGCAUAACGGCUUUAAAAGGUUAAAAAGCAUUUGCCUAGUAAUUUUUCUUUAUACACUAGCUAAAAUAAAACCCUAAGAAAUUUAUAUAUAUUGUAUUAUUAUUAUAACUGUUACCUUAUCAAAUAAUUUCCAUUUUAUUGAACAGCUUACUUUUGCUUGCAUCAUUUUCUUUUAACUAAAUCUAACAAAUGUGCACUAUAUGUUUCAUUUUAAAUUACUAAUAUAAUUAUUAGGGCAAAUUGAAACUUUUUUUUACUGAAGCAAUAGUUCUUUGUGGAGUCUGUUAACAAAGCUCAGGAAAAGUGUGCCUUGCAACACAUGAAAAUGUUUUGUUCUGUCAGUAAACAUCUGCAACAUAUACAAUUGCAGGUAUUUUAGUCGUUUAAGUUCAUGUCCUAAAGGAUACCUGAUAUUAUAAUAAAGGGACAAUGGCAGCAAACCAGGCAUGUACUAUUAUAAUAUUUCCUAAAAUUCAUUCUUUAUAUAACUCCAAAUAUUCUAAUGCAGCUUAGUGAAAAGUUCAAGAAACAACCAGAGCAAGCUGUAUAAUUUGAUGACUCAUUAGAGUGGCAUAGAUUUUAAUAUCUACAUUUUCAACAUAUACCUAAGGUAAGCGUUUGAAUUUACAUUUUAAUACAAUGAUCCAAAAUAUUAAGGCCCUCCAUUUUUUUCAAAUAGAAAGCAUUUGUAUGUAUUCUUAUAUUAGGUAUUAUCUUAGUACUUGUCUGUUGCUAGUUGAACAAAAUCAUUAUGCAAGGUGCCUUGUUUAUUAGAACUAGAAAGGCUUACGCAUGUGUAUCGGUAUAAGUGACUAAGCAAAAAAAUACCAACUUACCAAAGUAUUGCUAGUUUUGGUAUUGCUGCAGGAAUGAAGAAAACGGUUCAUUUUCUUAUGGUUUCUAAUGUCAUAAUUUGUGAACUGAAUUUUGCUUAUGAUUAUUGUGUAGGCUUGCAUUUAAUCCUUAAAGUAGUACAUUUAUUUUAAUCACUGUAUUUAUGUUGGCAUGUUAUUUCAUGUGCAAAUCUUUAAAAUGUAUUACCUUGUUAAACAUUGGUACUAUGCCCACAAUAAAAUUGGAACAGGUAUAACUGCACAGUUGCUUGCUUAAUUUCAAUGGUAAUUAUUUUAUUUUUAGGAUUAUGCUUAAUUAUAACAUUUUUGCAUUUAAUCUGAUUUAUUCUACAUUAUUGAUUAGUGUUCAUUUUAUGUAUAAUUGAGAGAAAUAUAAUGCAUUUUCUUUUAUACAGUUUAUGUAUAGUUUGCAAAAUAAAGACUCUUGUAUCCAA